CCCGGGGUCCUUCUCAGCAACACCCUUCCAAGAUGGCAGCCAACAGUAGCAGCACGGGUAGCAAAUCCAGCAACACCGCCGGUGGGAAACAGUCCGGCCCGUCAGCCGAACAGGUGGUGGCAACAUUUCAGAGGAUGCGUCAGGAGCAGCGCAGCAUGGCGUCUAAAUCUGCAGAGCUGGAGAUGGAGAUCAACGAGCACAGCCUAGUAAUCGAAACCCUGAAGGAAGUGGAUCCUUCCAGGAAAUGCUUUCGUCUAGUCGGAGGAGUGUUGGUGGAGAGGACUGUAAAAGAAGUUCUACCGGCCUUGGAAAGCAACAAAGAACAGAUCUCCAAAAUAAUCGAGUCCAUCAACACACAGAUGCAGACGAAAGGACGGGAGCUCACAGAGUACAGGGAACGCUACAACAUCCGGUUGGUGGGAGAGGGAGAAGGAGACACACAAGGCCAGUCGGCAGCAUCUUCCAGGGACAGCGAAGGAGGCGGGUCUAAAAGCGGAGCGGGCGUUUUAGUGUCAUAGUUUGUACUAAUGGGGGGGGCGACCGUAGGGCCUUAUGAUUUCUACAGUACUGAAAAUAUGGUUGGAGUCACAAAAUCUAGGUUCCAAAAAUUGAGCUUUUUCAUAUGUUGAAUUUGGUUUAGGAGCUGGGUUAAAUUUCUGCUUAACAUGCUGCACUUGGUAGUGACAUACUUUGCAACAGACGCAAACUCUAUACUAUACGUAGUGUUCUGCUUACAUAUGUGGGUGCUAGUGCGUGUAAAAAAAUAAGGCUGUUUGUUUUACAUCUGCCUUUCAGUGAUGCUGACUCUUUUUUUAUUUCUGAAAUAUUGUGGCAUAAAUUAAACAACUACAUCCUGAGUACUUGUUUUAGUCUUACUCCCAUUUACUCCCAUUUUUCCCACACAGUUAGUAAAUAUAGAGAAGAUCACAGGACACACUUUUGCAUUUUAUAAACUUAAGAUUUUGGACUAACAACUUUAAAAUGAGGAAAAAUAAAAACUGAUUUCAUUGGGCCCUAACAUAGGUUAAGCUUUGCAAAAGGUCACCCUUGCCAAGGCAGCACAGGUCCUGGAAGGCAUUUUGAUAUCGUAUUAUGAGCAUGAACAAGAGGUUAUACUGUAAACAUGUCACUAUAUAUCUAAUCUAUCAGCUUUAUUCACUCUCCCUCUAUUAAACAUUUCAUCCACGACUCAUAUUACUGUCUCCACAUGUGAGCCAUGCUCAGAGCGGCUGCUGGUUUGUUUCAUGUCAGGUCAGCUAUUAUUGUUCAGCGGCCAAUGAAGCGCUACCACCAUAAACUCUAUAAUAAAGUCCCGUCAUUGAGAAUAAAAGUCGUCAUAUUCUGUUUGAUCUGUUACACAUGAGCUUGGUCAAAUUAAUUUUGUAACUCUGAAAACUGAGGAAAUGCCGACUGGGACCUGACGUGUGCUGUCUGCACUGUUCAUGUAGUCGUCAAGACAACAAUGUUUUUGUUAAUGGUCAUGAAUUAAAGAAUGUCACAAUUGUG